UAGGCUCAGCUGCGGAGGGAAGUGGGGGAGUGGCUCAGGGAACAGGUGCCGGAAAGAGAACUAAUUGGCCUCAGUUGAAACUGAUCAAAUGUUUUGUGUCUCUUCUCUAUAUAUUGAGCUGAGUAGGAUGGAGGCGAGAGGAAGGAGAGCAAGAGGCACAGACUGCUAAGACCACGCAUGGCACAAUAAAAGUAUUGCAAACCGAUACCUUGGUGCUGGGGGGAAAACUCGGGAAGCAGGCGCUCAACUUGGGGGAGGAGUUUGUGAUCACACCUCACACCUGCAGCCUACAUCCUGUGUGAGUGUCCCGAUACUGUUCAGGUUUGACGACACACAUAACGCCACAAAGUCGGUUGCCUCGGACAGAGAAAGUUUCGUCAUGGGCAAGACAGGUGGAAGAGGCGACUUUGAAUGGGUCGACAAUGACCAGCCACACACUUCAAGAAGGAAAGAAAUUCUGGCCAAAUAUCCAGAGAUCAAGUCUCUGAUGGGGCCGGAUCCCCAGCUGAAGUGGGUAGUAUCGGGCAUGGUCCUGACUCAGCUCCUGGCCUGCUACCUGGUCCAUGACCUCUCCUGGAAGUGGAUCUUCUUCUGGGCUUACGCCUUCGGAGGCUGCAUCAACCAUUCCUUGAUUCUGGCUAUCCACGACAUCUCUCACAAUGUGGCCUUUGGCAACAAGCUGGCGAAGUGGAACCGCUGGUUUGCCAUGUGGGCCAACCUGCCCAUUGGGUUGCCUUGCUCUGCCUCCUUUAAGAAAUACCACAUCGACCACCAUCGGUAUCUUGGUGGGGACCAGCUGGAUGUUGACAUCCCCACAGACAUUGAGGGGUGGUUCUUCUGCACCCCAGCCAGGAAGGUCCUCUGGCUCUUCCUCCAGCCUUUCUUCUACGCCAUUCGCCCAUUGAUGGUCAAACCUAAACCAGUGGGUCAGCUGGAGAUCCUAAAUGCAGCUGUUCAGCUCAUAGUAGACAUAAUGAUCUACUAUCUAUGGGGGCUGAAGCCCAUUGUUUACCUCAUUGCAGGUACUAUCCUGUGUUUGGGACUGCAUCCUCUCUCAGGACAUUUCAUAGCUGAGCAUUACAUGUUCCUGAAGGGACACGAGACAUAUUCCUACUAUGGACCACUGAAUCUCAUCACCUUCAACGUUGGUUAUCACAUGGAGCACCAUGACUUCCCGAGCAUACCUGGCAGCAAACUACCUCAGGUAAAGCAAAUUGCAGCAGAGUAUUACAACUCCCUGCCUCAACACACUUCCUGGAUUCGGGUAUUAUGGGACUUUGUGUUCGACGACAGCAUCGGUCCAUAUGCCAGAAUCAAACGGGAGUACAAGCUAAGCAAGGAGGAAUAGAUCUGUGACUGAUUAUAUUUCCCCUUGAACAGAAAUGUGAAUUUCAGUGGUUAAAUAUGUAUGGACCCCUAUGAAAUAAAAUUCUUAAUAUUCUCAUUAUAUUCCCUUUUUGUAGUGUGUGGUUGUCACUGUUAGUAAAAUGUCUAACAUCUUAAUUAAGACCUGCACUUGAGUUACUUAAAGGCAGAUGAAUGGGUAGUUCAGUUGCAUACAUUCAAAGUAUGCAAAUGAAAGAGUAAAAUGCAGCUAGUUGGUUUCCUCACCUCAUUAUUUAUUCGUGCUUCUAUUCCUGCUAUAAGCAGAUGUCCCGUUGUCGUGAGACUGUAAUGACAUUUCCUUGUAUCCAGAAGGCAAAAUAUCGAUGAAAAAGCUAAUAUUUCAACACAAAUAAAAUCCUAAUUUCUGUAGGAAAAGGUCAUAUACAUUCUCAUGAGGUUUAACAGAAAUGGCACUAGCUCUUUUGUUUCCUGCCUACACACGUUACUGUACGUCUUUUACAUUUCUGAUUGUGAGAAUGGAGGCAGUCAAAGGCUCUCAGAUUACUUAUUACAAUUUCAAAUUUCUCAUAGCAGAGGGGGAAAAUAGCAUUGGAACUUACCUUUCAGUAAGAAGAGCCUUUUCUUCAGUGAUGCCCCAUUCUGAAUGUUCGCAGCUUCAUUGUGCUGUAAACUGUUUAAUUACAUCUAUAAAGAGUGGACAAAAUAACAGGAACACCUUUGUAAUCCCAAAAAUAAGUUAUUUAGAUAAAUCCAGUUGGAGUUUGGAUGUUGUUUUUGUUAUUAACUGUCAGAUGUGCAGAAGGACUGCAGUGGUCAUUUCAUGUUGCUCAGCAAGUCACUUUCAAUCAGCGUUAGUGAGUAUUUUUGUGAACACUGGUCCUACAGCCAAUCAACACUUCUGACCCAUGAAUUUAAAGACGAAUUCACCAAACUGGUAUUUACGACAGAGCUAUUGUUUUAUUAAUUGUUUGUUAUUUUGCCAACUUUAUCUGAGUGUUGUGGUUGAUAAGCGUGAUAUUUGUUGUUUCUAUUUAAAUGACUGCACUAUAUAUAUUAAACCAGUAAAAGAUCUUUGUAAG